GAUCCUUAACUACUAAGUCUUACAGUAGAUCUAGAGUUGUUUCCCUUUAACGGAAGUUUUACUGGUUGACUUUGACGAUGGCGAGUCUUGUGAAGUACGGGGCUAGUUUAGGAAAACUUGGCCUUCUCGGUGGGGCGGUUGGGGUAACCACCCACUACGGUGUUUGGGGCGACACACAACAAGGGGUCAAUGCCUACAAGAACAUGCAGGAUGUGAUGGAGCCAUAUGUACAAUCUCAGGAGCAAAUAUCACAGGUCAAGUCCAUGACAUCGUCAGCAUUGACCAGCAGUUCUGGGAUAGACAUCAUCAGUAAAACCAAGUCUGUGUUCUCUGUGGAUACAUACAACAAGGGGGUCCAGAAAACCUUUGAGUUUGUGGGUGAUGCUCCUGGUAUGGUCAGUGAAAGUUUGAACAGCUUGACCAAAACUGUCAAAAAACAACUCAAGGAUUAGUGAACUGAUGUGUGGCAUCCUAAACAAGUGAUAUGUGUGUUGACAGAACAGACAAUAUCCACAAAGGAUGAUACAGACAAAUGUUCAAU